AAUGUGAUAAGUUUUGCUUUGUUUUCCUAGGUGCUCAGAUAAGCUGUUUUGCACCCAGCUCCUUCUCCUGGAGGCAAGCGGCUUACGUGGACUCCUACUGCUGGGCAGCUGUGCAGCAGAAGCAACCAUCCCACAACAACUUAGAAAAUAUACCUCUGUGGCUGCAUAAAUUCUUCCCAUACAUCCUUCUGCUCGUCGCUAUCCUGCUGUAUCUACCAUGUCUGUUCUGGCGCUUCACUGCAGCACCUCACCUUUCCUCAGACCUGAAAUUUAUUAUGGAAGAACUUGACAAAGCCUAUAACAGGGCAAUCAAAGCUGCCAAUAGCAUUCACAGCGGAGACCCCAGGGACCCUGCUGACUUUGUUCCAGCAGUUAAUGAGAACUUGACACAGAGUUUGUGGGAAAUAUCAGAAAGCUACUUUAAAUACCCAAUUGUGGAACAGUACCUGAAGACAAAGAAGAAUUCCAAAUGCUUAAUAAUUAAAUACAUUACCUGUCGUUUACUCACGCUAGUAAUUAUUUUCAUUGCAUGCCUCUACCUGGGCUACUACAUUAGCCUCUCCUCUUUGAGUGAUGAGUUUCUCUGCACUAUCAAAACUGGGAUCUUGAAGAAUGACACAGCUGUUCCAGAAGUGGUUCAGUGCAAGCUCAUUGCUGUUGGUGUCUUCAAAGUACUCAGCUAUAUUAACCUGAUAGUCUAUCUUCUAGUGAUGCCACUGGUAGUGUAUGCAAUGUUUGUUCCGUGGAGGUGGAAUUCAGGUAUUCUCAAAGUGUAUGAAAUCCUGCCAACUUUCGAUGUUCUGAAACUCAAGUCUAAUCGAUUUGAUGACUUAAGCCUUUACCUCCUCUUUCUUGAAGAAAAUGUCAGUGAACUUAAAUCAUUUAAAUGCCUCAAAGUGCUGGAGAACAUUGCAGUUUCUGAGAAGUUUGAUGUCAUGCAGCUUUUGGUAAACCUUGGCACUAUUAAGACUGAUACCAUAGAUGGGAGGCCAGGGACAACUGAGUUGGAGAAGCCUGAAGAAACAACUACAGGAGAGCUGGAAAAAAAUGCAGCAGAACUACAAGAAAACUAUGCCCUGUACUUAACGAAAAAGAAGCAGCAGCACCCAGAGGACAACGAAUCCUCUGUACUUGGGUCAAACAGUUCUG